AUGAGCGCCGCCGUCUCUGCCGCCCUGCCGGGCCUCUUAUUUCUCCGGCCGUAUGCGGCACGGCACAUCCAGUCCGCGGCAGCGCGCUCGUGCUCGCCGUCGGCCAAGAAGGCGUACCUGCGGUUCUACCAGACUGCGUGCGGCCUGACAGAAGCCACUCCGAAGAGGAGCUCCUCGCCAAGGGGACAAACAAUGAGGCUGUGUGGCGCCAGGCUGUCGUCUUCCAAAGCCGGUAACAAGGCCAAAGCUGACAGCAGCGAGGCUUUCUCUGACUCCAGUGUCGUCGAGGACCGAUCGGCGGUAGCCCUGCGUGUCAAGGAGCUGGCCAACGCCAAUGCUCUGCAUUACCCUCGGUACCAGCCCCGCGGCGACAGGCUUUCCGUGCCGCAGUUUCGCGCCGAAUUUGAUUCCGUCGCUGUCGGCGACGAAGUCCCGGGCCGGCGCGUCGAGCUCUCUGGCCGCGUGCUGUCGGUCCAGCGCCUCGGAGCGAAGCUGGUCUUUCUCAAGCUGGUGGACGAAGGCGAGCAGGUGCAGGUUAUGUGCAAUCUGCGCCAGCUGCGGACGCCUGCAGACGCCAACUCGCCAACAGCGGUCGAACCCGCAGUCUUUAAAGAGGCCGCUCGCCUGCUGAACCGCGGCGACCACGUGGCCGUGACGGGCCGUGCCAUGCGCACGGGCACGGGCGAGCUCACGCUGGCGGCCGAUGCGCUGCCCCGCGUGUACUCGCCCGCGCUGGCGCCGCUACCGACGCAUUUGCUCGACUCCGAAAAGCGGGCGCUGCGUCGCCACAUUGAUCUGCUCGUCAACCCUACCGCGGCCGCCACGCUGCGCCUUCGGUCGCGCAUUCUGCGCGAGAUGCGCGCCUUUUUUGAGGACCAGCAGUUUGUCGAGGUGCAGACGCCCAUUCUCGCGGAUCUGUCGGGCGGUGCCGUAGCACGUCCGUUUAUGACGGCCCAUGCUCAGGCCGGUGACGAGGGCGAGGCCGGUGCGGCUGCCUCGGCGGGAACGUCGGCGGGAUCGCGCCCCCUCAGCCUGCGCAUCGCCCCGGAGCUGUGGCUGAAGCGACUCGUCGUGGGCGGCCUCGACCGAGUGUUUGAGAUUGGCCCAUCCUUCCGCAACGAGGGCAUCGAUGCGACACACAAUCCCGAGUUCAGCACGUGCGAGUUUUACGCUGCGUACUGGACGUUGCCCCGGUUAAUGGCCGAGACGGAGCGGCUGAUGGCCCAGCUGGCGCAGGCGGCGCUGCAGUUCAAAGAGACGCCGGCUGGCGCAGGCCUACAGUCCGCUACUGAGGCGGGGGACGAGGCAGAAGCGGAUGCGGACGCGGUAGGCACAGUCUCGAGCGCAUCGGUGGACUCUGUUGCGCGUUGUGCAGCGGGCGGUCCCUUUGUGCAGCUCGAGUUCAUCCCCUCUCUCGAGGCCGCCCUGGGCAUCACCUUCCCCGACCUGUCGGCGCCCGAUGCCUAUGACCAACUACGCGCACAGUUGGGCAACAACAGCGGCGAACAGGAUACUAGCGAUGCCGACGGGGGCCGCCUUGCCAAGCUGCUGGACCGCCUGGCUGGCGACCACCUGGAGCCGCGCUCGUUUGCCAACUUCGACGGGCCCCUUUUCAUUACCCAUCAUCCGGCGUGCAUGUCGCCCCUGGCCAAGAGCUUUGUCUGCCCGCAAACCGGCCAGCUGGUCGCCGCCCGCGCCGAGCUGUUUGUCGACGGCCGCGAGCUGGCCAACAUGUACGAAGAGGAGAACGAUCCGGCAGAGCAACGCCGGAAAAUGGCCCAGCAGGUCGAGGACACGGCCGGUGCAUCCAACAACACCGUGGACGAUAACUACAUUGCGGCUCUGGAGUCCGGCCUGCCCCCAACCGGCGGCUGGGGCUGUGGCGUCGAGCGGCUGGUGAUGCUCUUCGCGGGUGCGCGGCGAAUUGCCGACUGCCUGAGCUUCGGCACACUGCGGCACGUUGUGGCGAUGAAGAAGUGA